AUGUCGCAUUUCAUGGUGGCCACUGACCCUGAGACAUGGUCCCUGCCUUCUGAAAGUGCCGUGCAGGUGGACCUCAGGCCCGGGGAUCCUCCGCCCAAGCGGCCCAAAACGCGGAAGUCUGGGACCUUGAGUGAUGAGGGCCCGCAGCUUCGUACAGACCUCGAAGAGGAGCUGUUGAGGGCUGUGACGCUAAGUGAAGGCCUAAGUGGAAUGGGCAAGCAUUGGGCCAGCAAUUCAUCGGGCAAGGCAGACUUUGAGUUGAGCUUCAAGACAACUAAGUACGACCAUUUCUUGAGCCAUGACUGGGCCACGUCUCGAUGGUUGAAGCUCUGCACCAUGUUGUUUAUUUUCAACUCCCGGGCGGCGAUGGUAGCAACUCUGAUGUGCUCGUUGGUUCUUGGCCUAUGUAGACCAACUGACACUUUGCUGAACUUUGAACAAAGUUUUGAACUCAGCAUAGACUCAGACGCAUCUGGGCCCAUGACAUGCUCCACUAAGGACACUGCCCCCAAGUAUGGGGAUGGCGUUGAGAUUCAUUUGAAUAGCUUCUGUGUCUACCUGGUCUUCCUGUGGUUCUUCUUCUUCUGGCAACGCAUCCGAACCCUCUUGAGAAGACCGCUUGUGGUCUUCCUUGACAAGCUCUGCAUUGCACAAGAUGAUCCAGAUCUGAAGGACAAAGGAAUUCUUGGUCUGGCAGCCUUUUUGGAAAGCUCGCAACACCUUACAGUUUUGUGGUCGGCGCGCUACUUUAGCAGCAUCGCGAGCCGCCUCCUGGGGCGCCUGGGCCCCUCGGCUGCUGCGGGGGACACUGAGCAGAAGCAGUGUCCUGCGAAGAGCUCGCUACGGGUUCCAGUGGCAACUCCCAAGCUGCUGGGAUGGAGAGGCAUGUAUUGGCUUCUACUUGUGAUGGGCCCAGCGCCAGGAGCUGAAGUUUCGAAUGGGCUUUUCGAGAUGGGUGGCGAUUUGACUGGUCUUGCUUUAUUUACGCCAAGGGUUUCCCCUUCGAUGGCAUUUGAUUUUCCGGGCAGUAUGAUGCAACACUUUGGGAGCGCUGUUGCAGAUGAUGAGGUCGGUGUGCUUGUGCAGGCGCAGUGGUGUAAGCCGUCAGCGCCAUUGACCUCUGCGGAGUCGGCUUCCUACCUCUUCCUCCAUGCCAAGGGGGUAGGGCUCUUGGACUCCCUUUGCAACUUUUGCGAGGUUCCCAUUGUCACCUCAGGAGCCGGGAUUUGCGAGACUUUUGUUACCAGCCGCCCCAGGUGGCGAGCUGGCUUGCUGGGUGUCAGAGUAGGCGAGGCCGCUAAUCCGGGCCCUGCUGCAACAGCUACCGAGCACAAAAGGCGGGAAAGAAAGACGCAGGGAGCUCUGAUCGCCAUCAUUGAGCUUCUCUGCACCAUCUUGAGGCAGUUUGCUGGUGAGGACCCUUCGGUUUCCAUGCAGAUUGCGGGAGUCUCAGCUCUCUUGGCGGUGCUCAAAGAUGACGACGACGAUGCAGACGAUGUGCCGCCCUGUCCCCCAAGGCGCGCUGUGUUUGCUGAGGAGCCGGAGAUACAGACCUAUGAGGCGGAAGGCUCUUUUAAGCCUGUCAGGCGCAAAUCGAAGCCGGCGCCAACUGGGGACGUGCAAGGCCCUGCGCCCCCACCUCAGAAAGGGCGAGGAAAGGGCAAACCUGCAGCUGAUCCGUCCACUUCUCCAUCCGCGGCAGGCACUACCGGCAAGGGCAAGGAUGAUGCAGCUAAGACCAAGGACUCGGCGCUGCCUCUCCUCCGUGCAUGUGACUGGAACUCUGAGAUAGUCGGCUAUCCGGCGGCGUGCACUCGUCUCAACAGCUUGGGGGGCUCCGUGCUGGUCACCGUGAAGGAUGCAGAGCAGGCGGAUGCACUCUCACAGAUGAUGAUGAAUGCCGGUUCAACGUGCUCGGCGCGCAUGCUGUGGCGCGACAAGGACGGGAAGCAUCGGCUACCUGUAGACGUUGGUGGGGUCACAAGGCUUGAGUCUUUCUCAUCCCACGACUACACUACUGCUGGCACCCCUUUGCCUACCUUGAAGCGGGAGCCCACGACUGCCAAGGUGGUCCCGACCGACCCUACCACCACGGUUUUCCGCAUUGUCUUUGCCCGGCCUUUCGUUGACAAGGAGGUGUGGGCAAAGGUCACUUCUACUCCAAAGGCGGCGGUGCAGAAGUGGGGCAAGGCCACGCAGACUAAGGAGACCACUGGGUUCAUCAAGGACGCGUGGGCAUUCGCCCAAGAGUCCCGGUUGGGACAGCCUGCUGUGAUUGGGCUGAUACGCCUGCCCAUCUCUUUGGCUGAGCAGGUGCUCGCAUUGUCGGGCAAAGGUGGAGUGUUCUUGGAACCCACUGGGCGCACUGAUACGGUCAAGUGUGCUGUGCAAUGGCUGGACAAAGCUGAGGAGGAGACUCUGCAGUCCGUGUUGGAGCGUGCGCUCGACAUGGCCCCGCAGUUUGGUGCUUUCCUUGGGAAGCGGCAGAUAGUCAAUGGCACCCCGGCUGCUUGGAGUGACGAGCUCAUCCGCGAGCUUCUCAUCGAGCAAACGGACUUGAAGGAGGUCACUGUUUUGCGAAAGACAAUGCGCAGAGGACGGGCGAACUGGUUGCUGCGAGCACGAAUUGCUGACAAUGCUGACUGCUACCAGCUGUUGGUUAAGGAGGGCGAGCACACUGCCACUUACUGGACUAUGCUGACACGUCCCGGGCCCGUUCGAGAGGCACGGCCUAUCGCCGACCAUCGGGGCUUCUCCUUGAGCAAGGGCCAGCCUGAGAAUGCCAACAAGCCGGAGCCAAAGCCGGGCAAGUCUGAUGGUGAUGGCAACCCUCUCAAGAAAGCCGCGGUUGCAAAGAAGCGCCAGAUCCCGAAUGGUACCACGCUCACCACUGUCGAGGCCGAUGGCAACUGUUUCUUCACUGUCAUCGGCAAGGCGGUUGCUCGUUUGCGCAAGGAGCCGGAGAUGCCGGCAAGUAGAACCAGAGCUGAGAUCUGUGCUCACAUGAGGAAGCACAUCCAGGUGUAUGAAGAGUACUGGGACAAGUGCGACAGUGCUGGACAAGAGCUCGAGUUUUUCGAUGAGUACAUCCAACACAUGGGCCUGAAUGCCAAGUGGGCGGGAAGCCUCGAAGCUUAUGCGGCCUCGAAGGCGUACAAGGUCGCGGUCCUUGUCGUGCCGGCCGCCGCCGACCAGGCCACCGCGAUUUACAACGCGGGGGCGCGCGAUACGAUCGCACUUUGGCAUACCGAGGGCCCUGGGCACUUUGACUGGCUGGCGCCAAGCACUGGGGACGGCCUGCCGCGGGACAUCGCUGAGAAUGCCGAACAGGGUAAGCCAGGACAGGGACCACGCGGGGGAGGACGAGACGACUCCGCCGGGUCCGAGCACACUGUCUUCACCGAUGUCACGGCCUUCACUCGUGUUGGAGCAGCCCAGUCAGGCAGGAAGCGUGGCAGCAGCAGCUCCCAGCCGGGCUCUUUCCCACGCGGGGGCUCAGCUUACGACGUGGACUUCGACGACAAGUCUGAGGCCACGGUCUUCACUCGCCGGGAAGGCGGCACAGAUGUGGCGAACGAGGAUGCGAAGACCGUCUUCACCACCUGCUCUGGCGGGCGACGUGGCAACAGCGCGGCUGACUCUUCGUCUGGCGACAUCCGCAAGUGGCUUCUGGCUGGAAGGCGUGCGGGCUCUGAGGCCGUGACUGGGGCCACAACGAGGGGCACGACCGACAACCUUGACUUCGACGAGGCCGAUUUGGCGGGGUUCCAUGGAGAAAAUGCUGCUGAGCCGGCGCCAACGAGGCGGCGGACCUUGUCGGGCUGGACUUGCCCGGAGUGCUUUUGGAAAACAGGCAAAGUCAAGUGGUGGGUUCAAAAGAAGCAAAGGCACAUCGACAACUUCCACCCGGACCUCAAGGCUGAGCUGAACUUGAGGACCAACCGCGUGUGCUUGGUUCCCUUCAAUCCUGACACCUGCGUUUGGCGCUGCCCGGUUGAGGGAUGUGGGCUGGGCCUGCCGGCCACUGAGGCGGACUCGGACGCUCGACUUCGUGCUCGGCGCUACCACUGGGCCACCGACCAUCCGGACAAGCCCAAGGCGCUCUUUCUGCUCGCCAAGGGCACCAAGGAGGGGGCGAACAAGGCUACUACGGCCAAGCUCUCUGCAGGUGUUGCCAAGCGGCUGCACCAGCUUCGUGCGGGUGAGGCUGGCGACCACGACGUCACCUUCCUCAAGUUGCCGCCUGCGACAAGUGGGGGGAAAACUGCUGGGGGCAAGAAGCGCAAGCAGCGCCGGGCGAUGACUUGGGUUGCGUGCCGGCGGUGCAAGCGACUGGCCAACACUGUGGCAGGCAUUGGGAACAAGCCGUGCAAGCCGCACACUGCGGGGGCUAGACGGCCCGCGUUGAUAGCACGGCUGCGAACUGCGCUGGAGGAGGCUGAGCUUGAUGACGACGUCCAGCGCGAUGUCAAGUACCUGCUCGAGCUCUUCGCUGAGGAUACCGACGCUGGGGGCCCCGUCGCUAAGCACGACCUCAACGCGGUGGCGUGGCCUUUGGGUGGACGCGACUUCGAGAUCCGCUUCGUGUGUGGUGGCUGCGGUGGUGGUUGGAAGCGGCUUCGUGACGCCGAGGACAAAGACUGCUACCCCGCUCGACGCCGCGUCACCACUGGCAAGAUCCGUGCGCUCCGCAAGGUCGUCAAGGAGGGCGGCACCCAGGCGAAGGCUGUGACAAGCAUCCUCGGCAUCCUUGGCGAGACGGACGGGAAUGGCUCGGACCAGGCUGCGACCACCGAGCUCGCGCGGGGGCUUGGGUACCAUGCCUAA